GUCAGACUCGCGUCAGUCAUGUGACUGCCUGCCACGCCAUCUCCAGUAACAGUUCUCUACUUCUGAAAAACUGAAAAAUAACAAUGCAGGCUACGGGGAAAAUGGGGGAAAAAAAAAAAUACAUAUGAAUUAUGGAAUCCGAGCUAGUACCUAAGAAGUUUACACUAUUCCAGCAAUCAAAAGAUGGUAUUACAUACAGAAUUCCAGCUCUGGUGUACCUUAAGUCUUCUAAGUCGUUCCUGGCUUUUGCUGAAAAACGUUCCAGUGUCAGUGACAAUGAUGCUGAGUGCUUGGUAAUGAGAAGAGGGCACUUCAAUGGAGAUUCUGUUGAGUGGGAAGAACCUAUAAACGAAAUAAAAGAAGCACAGAAAUUAGGAUUUCGCACCAUGAACCCUUGCCCUGUAUUUGAGGAGAAAAAUGGAGUUCUCUUCUUGUUUUUCAUCUGUGUAAAGAAAACUGUCUCUGAAUUUAGACAAAUAUUUACUGGGACAAAUGCAGCAAGACUGUGUUAUGUUUGCAGCAAAGAUGAAGGUGCAAUGUGGAGUAAUUUGACAGAUCUUACAAAAAGUGUUAUAGGUGACAAAACUCAAAACUGGGCCACUUUUGCUGUGGGACCAGGACAUGGAAUCCAGCUGCAGUCUGGAAGGUUAAUAAUACCUGCCUAUAUGUACUAUAUUCAUGUUCGAUGGAGAAAAUUUCAGUUACCUUGCUUUACAAAGCCACACUCUUUUAAUUUUUAUAGUGAUGAUUAUGGAAAGAACUGGAAAAUUGGAGACAUUAUUGCACGCUCAAAGACUGUUGAAUGUGAGAUGGCAGAGAUCUUGUGCCAAAACGACAAGUGUGUUCUGUACUGCAAUGCCAGGACUCCACAUCACUGUAGAGUAGAAGCAGUCAGUAAUAACUGUGGUUCAGAAUUUGAAAAAGCACAUUUGGCCUCAAAACUAGUUGAACCUCCCCAUGGUUGUCAGGGAAGUGUGGUAAGCUUUGUUGUAUCUGAGGAUUAUCAUGAAGAGAGAUGCCCUGCAACUAAGAAGGAACAUUUUGAUUUGAUGGCUUCUGGUGGAAGAUCAUGGCUUCUCUUUUCACAUCCAGUCAGUAAAAACAAACGAGCUGACCUGGGUGUCUAUUUAAACAAAUCUCCUUUAGAUUUUUCAGGAUGGGAGUAUCCCUGGAUUAUAAAUCAUGGACCAAGUGGCUACUCAGACCUAGCUGUCUGUAGGGAGGGGAGACUGUUUGGCUGCCUCUUUGAAUGUGGUGGUGUACAUGCAUGCCAGGAAAUUGCUUUCACUAUCUUUCCUCUUGAGUCAGUAAUGCAGGGAAAAAAAAUGGUAGUGAGCAGCAAGUCUAAAAAGCAAGGUAACACCUGUCAUGUUCAUGCCUUAGUAGUAGGUACUCUGUUUUUUAUACUUUUUUUUAUCUUUUUCUUCACUGAAUAACAGCUGAGAAGAUCCUGUCCAGAGUGUUGGCAUUGCACAUUGUUUUAGCCCCAUAUCAUAAUGAAAAAUGUUUUAGUUAAAGUGGGCCUUGUUAUGCAGCUUGACAUAUAUUUAUGUAAUUUGUUAAGCUGCUAGGUGAGCUGGUCCAUGGACCAUUUCCAGUUACAAUCUGAGCCAUCAAGGCAAAACCAAAGGUGCACUUCUUUAAAAUGGAGGGCUAAAGGUCUUAGAUUUUGUGCCAGUUUCGGCCGGUCAGGUUCACAGUAAAUCUCAGUAACAUGCUAAUUAGUGGCUGUAUAUCAAUCAUUCAAUUACUUUUCUAUACCAAAGACAUACCAGCAUCACACUGGGUUUAAAAACUUGAAGUAUAUUGACUGUUGAUCAAAAUUCAAAAAGGCAUUUUCAUUUCAAACAGAUACCCAUCUUUUAUUGGUAAACACUUAUGAACAAAAAUGGGGUGAGCAUGUGGCAAUAUUUUUUGAGGGGGAGGGUGUGAAUGGCAGUAUUUUCUUACUGCUUCAUAUCUGGUAAUCACAUACAGUGUGAGAGUGAACAUGAAGUAUUUAUGGUUAAGUCUUUGGUUAUGAAUCUUCUAGUUUGUUAUAGAACAUCAAAAAUGAACUUAGAGGCUCAUAGUUAAUGUAUUACACACCUGACUUCAUAUUACCAGCAAAACUGCUCUUAUGUGGUGAUUUGAUUACCUACCCAAGAAUGUAUGGGAGCACAUGCACUUGUGUUGGUGUCAUACAAUCAGCAUUUUUGGGAUAUAAUAACAGAGAAUAACUUUACUCAGUUGUUUCAUUCUCAAGUUAGAGAAACUAAUAUUCUAGACAUGGUGUUUAGGAGUAGACCUGAUUUGAUUUAAUCAAUAAAUGACUGUUAACCCCUGGAUAGAUUGGUUCAAGUGGCUAUAAGUUUCUCUUUGAACUGUAACCUUAGUAAUGUAAGCACAAUAACUGUUUAUUAUAAUUACCGAAAGGUUAAGUAUAAAAGAAUUCUGAAUAUUGUCUGGAGAAGGUGCAUAGAAAGAAAUGGAAAGAAUGUGCAUAUAAUAAUUUGGCCCUUAUCUAAGGAGUAGAAUAACAAAAAUGUAAUUAUUAUCAGCCAGCCUGGUGGAAUGGAAAGCUGGAAAAUAUGGGCAGUAUACAUCCAUGGUUAAUAGAACGUUAACGUCUGCAUCCCAGAAAAUUAAAACCUUAAUGAAAAGGUCUAGAAUAGAUUAUGACCAGAAACUAUUCCAACUGCUAUAUAAUAGAAACAAAUAUUUAAAUAUUUAAUUUCUAAAUUGGGAAAAGUUUUACAUUUAGGCCCUCUAUCUAAUAACAACAGGCUAAAUAAUGACACCUCAGAUAUGGCAUCUGUGCUUAAUAUUUUUUUUCCCCAUUAUGACAGAUUAUCACUGCUUACUGAACCAAUGGCAGCAGGAAGUGACACAUGAUAGGUGUCCAGAAAUUACAAGUUUGAUUGUUAGGAAAUUCCAUAAAAAGGUUAAAACAUACUUGCAGCAUGCAUUUAGAUGAGUUGCCUGAACAAUUAUCUCAGGGAUGAUGAUUUCAGUCUUUUAAUGGCCAUGUUUUACUCAUUGUUAAGGACAGAAAUGAUUCCUCAGGACCGGAAAUGAACUACAUGGUACCCAUUUUUAAAUUGGUCAGGGGAGCUCAUGAAUCACUGAAGAGUUGUAGGCACAGCAUUUUAAUAUGCAUUUAGGUGAAUAAUUUGAGUGUUGUUUAAUAGAGAUCUUCAUAGGUUCAUAGAUUAGUACUAAGCUAACUGCCCUUGCGAGCCAUUUUAAGCCUAGCCAAUUAUCCCUUGUGAGACUCAAACCCUGCACCUUGUGCUUGCAAGGCAAACACCUUAACCAUUAGGCCACCUCAUCUUAAUAUAUGCCAGCAGAGAUUUCAGACUGGCAGGUCCACUUCAGCAAGCCCAGUAGACUUUUAUGAGCCUUUUUGUAAGGGCUUUGACAUUGCACUGUCUGUUGCUGCUGCUGUGUUCCUUGACCUAGCCUAGACAUUUGAUAUAAUCCCACAUUAUAUUGUAAUGAACACUCACUGAGCUGCUCAUGUUAGUUAUUAGAUUGUAAAGUAGAUAUGAAAUUGACUUAUAGGCAAAGGAUCAGAAGCUUCGGGCAUACAUCUACAUGGGCUACUGUUAGUUUAGAUGUUUCACAAGGUUUGGUGGAGGAUUGAUUACUAAAUAUGGAGUCACAGGGUGUUAACUGUAGAAAUAUGACUUUCAUAAAUUUGUAUUUGGGAGACAUAAAUGCAUGGGCUUGUAUACUAAGACUAAGAUUUAGCCUUUGUAAUGCAAUGUUAUGUAUUUUGUGGCAGCUAAAAUUGUAAGUCCAUUAAUUGCAGCUGGGCAUAUUGUUUUGGAAUUGAGGACUGUAAAAAAUAUAGGGAUUUUUGAUAUAUGUUAGUCUUAUAAGGAAAUGUAUCUUUGAUUAAAGCAAUAGCAUUGAAAAUGCUGGGACACGUCCUUGCUUCAUUUAGGGACCUGUUCUGAUCUGUGGUUUUCAUAGGUUUAUAAUUAAAUAUAGAUUACAGUUCCAAAAUGUGCUGUUAUAGCUGUAAGGAUAUCAGCAUGCUUGAGCUAGUGCAACACAAAUUUUACAAGAGGUAUUCUUACUGCUAAGAAUAGCAUCUAGUCAUAUAGAACAAGGUUAUUUAUUUAAUUUGUAUGUAUUUGUAAGUUGGAGUAGUGCACUGAUCCACAUGGACCUUUUUCAGUAGCCAAAUGGAGUCUGAAGGAGUCAAACUCUAAGUACAGGAAGCAGUUUCUUAACUUAUAGCAAUCAUUUUCUGUGCUAAAUGGCAGAUGUUAUUGAAACUCCACAGGGCUUCAUAUAGACUGUUUAGGAAAAAGUUAUGUUUAGGUUUUAGGUGCUGCAGUAUUCCAGUUUCUUUGGCUUUAUUAGGCAUAACCUGUUUCAAGGAAUCUUUAUAAUAGGCAUAUAUGACUAAUAUUUGUUUACCAUAUAAAUCAAACCAAAAAGUGAGGUGGGUUUGUUACCCAUUCUGUGGUAACUAUGGAAUCAUAUAGCAACAGAAGUAAGGUUAAGCAGCUCAUUAGAUCAACUCAAAAUAUAAGUUGAUAUAUUUACAGGUGAUAUACAGUUUGUUCCUGAUAUGGUGGAGUCUGCAUUUGUAGAUGGCUUCUGGGCUGAAUGCAGAGCAUUAUAUCCUAUAUGUCUUAUCUUGUAAAGGCCAUCCUUUCUAAAUUUUGGAAAUUCAUAGUUGAUAUGUUUAUAAGUAAAUCACAGAUAAAAACAAAGCCUUUAUUUCCUUAUUUUCAGUUAUCCUCACAAGGCAUCUUUAUUUCUUCAAUCCAUAUUUGUUCUUAGAAAUCAGUGCAUAAAAACACUUAUACUAUAGAAGGUGUUAUCCAUAACUUAGUUACUUAGUCAUGUCACUUUGGAUGCUCUUCACUGAACAAUAUCUGGCCUAAAAUUCAACAUUAUUUUUUACAUCUUGUGAUUGGAUAUAUAUAUAUAUAUAUAUAUAUAUAUAUAUAUAUAUAUAUAUAUAUAUAUAUAUAUUUAUUUAUGUAGUUAUAUCUAAGCAACUGGUAUGUUUAUAUGCCCUCCAUUCAGCAUGCGUAAUAACAGUCAGCAUGGCUUGCACUCAAUCGUUUUAGUGGCAGCAACGAAAUGUGAUACUAUAGCAUGGAAAACUGGAACAGCUAACUUUAGUUGAUCAAGUAUAUGUUGUGGACAUUCAUGCAUUAUCAAUAAAAUGUAACUUUAAAUGAGACUGGCCUGAGUCAAAUGCUUUUUAGACAAAGUUUCAGACCACAUGUAUAUAGAUGAUAUAAUGUUAAAUUAGAUGUGGAGAUUUUAAAAAGAGAAUUUAACCUUUUAGUGCAUGAAGACUGAAACUAAAGGAAUUCACUGUAUUGUGUAUAACUUCAGAAUUAUAAACUAACUUGGAAAGCA